AUGAAGCUCUCCGUCGCCUCCGUGCUGGCCUACAGCGCCAUUGCCUCGGCCCACUGCAUCUUCCAGCGCCUCUCCGUCGACGGCCAAGACCAAGGCUCCCUCGUCGGCCUCCGCGCCCCCAACCAAAACAACCCCGUCCAAAACGUCCAAUCCCAAGACCUAACCUGCGGCGUCGUAGCCUCCAAGUCCGAAGCCGUCAUCAAAGUCCCCGCCGGCUCCAAAGUCGGCUCCUGGUGGCAGCACGUCAUCGGCGGCGCCCAGUUCCCGGGAGACCCGGACAACCCCAUCGCGCCCUCCCACCACGGGCCCGUGUCGGCGUACCUCGCCAAGGUCGACAACGCGGCGACUGCUUCGCACCAGGGUCUCGAUUGGUUCAAGGUCGCCGAGGAUAACCUCGAUACCUCGUCCGGAGUCUGGGGCGUCGAUAAUAUGAUCAAGGGCCAGGGGUGGCACUAUUUCACUAUGCCGAGCUGUAUUGCUCCCGGGCAUUAUCUCCUGAGGGUUGAGCUUUUGGCGCUGCAUUCGGCUCAUCAGAAUAUGGGGGCCCAGUUUUAUACUUCGUGCGCCCAGAUCGAGGUUACGGGUAGUGGGACUUUCACGCCGACGCAGACUGUCAAGAUCCCUGGCGCUUUCCAGCAGAAUGAUCCCGCGGUUUUGGUUAACAUUUAUGCUGCCGGCGGUGUGGCGAAUAACAACGGGAAGCCAUACCAGGCUCCUGGGCCUAGGCCCAUUACCUGCUAA